GCUGUAAGGCAGAGUGCACACAAUUAUUUAGCCUACGGAUUACAUAAACAGAAAUAACUGUAUAUUCCCAAAUAAUAGUCAGAAUACUUGACACAGAGAGCGAAUCUCACAGACAAAUAUUGUAGGCCACACAGUAGCCUACACACUGGGGGGCAGCCGGGUUAGGCUACAGGCGCAGCUUGAAAAGCCGCCCGGUGACGCUCUGGCAUCACAGACACAGCGGCGGUGGAUGAGAGGGGAGCGUUUUAUGAGAAGGCAGUGGGAGCCUUCGCUUUGACAGAAAGACAUUGGAGGGGGUUGCACAAGGAUCCACCAAACACUGGCAGAACCAUGGCUACUGAAACCAUAUCUGCAUGCACUGGAUCCAGUCUGCUGCAGCCCAUAAGCGAAAUUAUCGACCUUCCAUUAGACCAGGUGAACUUUGUGGUGUGUCAGCUGUUUGCCCUGCUCACAGCCUUCUGGUUCCGUCUCUACCUGCACCCCAGAAAGACCAGCCCCUUCGUCCGGCAUGUGGUGGCCACUCUGCUGGGACUGUACUUCGCUCUUUUCUGCUUUGGCUGGUAUGCCUUGCACUUCCUGGUUCAGAGUGGAAUCACCUACGGCAUCAUGAUCCUCGCUGGAGUGGAGCACAUACACAAAUACUGUUUGGUGGUUGCCCUGGGCUACCUCAGCUUCUGCCAGAUCACACGUGUUUAUGUCUUUGAUUAUGGGAUGUACUCGGCAGACUUCACAGGACCCAUGAUGGUCAUCACACAGAAGAUCACAAGUCUGGCAUUUGAGAUCCAUGAUGGGAUGGCACGCAAAGAGGAGCAGCUCACCCCAAGUCAGAAAGUGCUGGCUAUCAGGAGAAUGCCCAGCCUGCUGGAGUACUUCAGCUACAACUGUAACUUCAUGGGGAUCCUGGCUGGCCCCACCUGCUCCUACAAUGACUACAUCGCCUUCAUUGAGGGAACACCCUACCGACACCGAGAGCUGGAAGGCAGCCGAAAAACAAACCACGAGAAAAGCAGGCAGGCAGACCCUUCACCAAAUAUGGUGGUGGCUCGUAAGCUGGCCACGAGCUGCAUCUCCCUGCUGGUCUUCCUGUCCGUGUGUAAAGUGUUUCCCGUGGAGCGAAACAUCGACGACCACUUUAUUGCCAACACGCCCUUCUACGCGCAGGUGGUCUACCUCUACCUGUCCAUGCUGACCACCCGGCCCAAGUACUACUUUGUGUGGACUCUGGCUGAUGCCAUCAACAAUGCUGCCGGCUUCGGCUUCAAUGGCUACAGAAGCGACGGCUCGGCCCGCUGGGACCUCAUCUCCAACCUGAGGAUACCCAACAUUGAGCUUGCCACAAGUUUCAAAAUGUUCUUGGACAACUGGAACAUCCAGACAGCACACUGGCUUAAAAGGGUGUGUUAUGAGCGCUGUCCCUACCAUCCCACCGCCGCCACUUUCCUGCUGUCGGCCAUGUGGCACGGAGCCUAUCCAGGAUACUACCUCACCUUCCUCACCGGCAUAGUGGUCACACUUGCAGCCCGUGCAGUGAGGCACAACAUACGGCCUCACUUCUUGAGUACACCUUCAGACAAGCUGGUGUAUGACAUCAUCACGUGGGCAGGGACUCAGAUCGCCAUCUGCUACACCGUGGUGCCCUUCGUUCUGUUGUCAGUGGGGCCUUCCCUCAAGUUUUACAGGUCCUGGUACUUCUCCGUCCACAUUGCCUGCGUGCUAAUAGCCCUGGCGCUGCCGGUUAAACCUCGACACCUGAGGACGACGGAGCAACAGCGCUCAGGCAGGCAGACGCAACUUCGGCAGCAUGGCAUGAGCAGCCGCCAGGACCACCACCACAGACACCAACACCAACACCACCACCACGAUAAUCACCAUCAGCAACACCAGCACCCCUCACUGGCCGCUGACAGCAACUGCAUCCAGAAAGACAAAACAUCAUGAAGAUUACUUGGGGGCAAACACAUAGACUAUUUCCCCUAUAUGCCCCCUUGUACUGUACUGUCCUUGAAACAGAGAUGGGGGGAAUAGACAGAGAAAAAGAGAAAGAUAGAGAGAGGGAGGGAGUUUGGACUACUGGACUGAUGCUAAUGCUGAACUCACACACAUACACACACACACACUCACAGCAAAUGUAAACACUUUUUUGGACUAUUUCAUUUUUCUUUCCUGAGUAAGGUUUGACUCCGUUUGCCUGA